CAGUACAUUAACUUUAAUUGGGUUUCCAACUAUUUGGAAUCAUCAAACAAUAUCAGAUUAAGCGGCGCAUUUGGUCUUGGUUUGUCAACAGCCUCAAAUUACAGGACAUGACGGUUACUGUUGUAAACGUUACAGCAAAUAAUGUAAAAUAAAACAACUUGGGGUUUCUUCUUAUUUUAUGUUUACCCUGAUUAUGGACUAUUGUGACGUUUAGAGGUGUGACGCCUAUGACGAUGUGAGCACGUGCCCAGUAGCUUGUGUUGUUUUUCUUCCGUCAACAUCCAGUGAGUUCAAAACAUUGCCUUUUUCGAAACGUGGACAUGUAAAAAUCUGUGAUCUUCCAAACUCGACUGUGGAACAUGAAGCGGAGCAGGCAUCCAAGCAGCAGUGAUGACUCUGACACUGGCAGGAGACCCAGGGCCAGUAAACAAGUGUCCAGGCAGGAGGAAGUGAGCAGCACUCAGACAGAGAGACAGAGAGUGUGUAGACUCAGACAGCGAGUGUGGACUUUUACGGACAUUGUGCCAGGUCAGACAGGCACGUCGACAUCCUGGUCGCAGCACUCCAAAUCUCAGACCCGGAGAUCCAAGGGAAAGAAGCCAUCUGAGGUUUUCAGGACAGACCUGAUCACAGCCAUGAAGCUGCACGACUCGUACCAGCUGAACGCGGAGGACUACUACGUGCUGGCUGACCCCUGGAGGCAGGAGUGGGAGAAGGGGGUCCAGGUUCCGGUCAGCCCCAACUCCAUCCCCGGGCCCGCCGUCUGCACGGUGGCGGAGCGGCCCUCAGCGGUCAUGUUCUCGCGGCCCAAGAAGAUGAUCCGCUCGUCAGGGCAGGAGCCGCCGGUGCUGGGAUACGUCCCCAUCCGCACGCUGGCCGAGGGCGUCUGCCGCUACGACCUGGACGAGGAGGACGUGGCCUGGCUGCACUACGCCAACAAAGAGUUCGGCCUGAUGGGGACGCAGCCGAUGGACGAGCUGACCAUGGAGCGGGUCAUGGAGGAGUUUGAGCGCAGUUGCUACGACAACCUGAGCCACGCCAUGGAGACGGAGGAGGGCCUGGGCAUCGAGUACGACGAGGACGUGGUGUGUGACGUGUGCCAGUCGCCCGACGGAGAAGACGGCAACGAGAUGGUGUUCUGUGACAAGUGCAACAUCUGCGUCCACCAGGCCUGUUAUGGCAUACUGAAAGUGCCAGAGGGGAGUUGGCUGUGCCGCAUCUGUGCCCUGGGCAUCCUCCCGAGGUGCCAACUCUGCCCGAAGAAGGGCGGCGCCAUGAAGCCCACACGCAGCGGCACCAAGUGGGUCCACGUGAGCUGCGCCCUUUGGGUACCGGAGGUGAGCAUAGGGAACCCAGAGAAGAUGGAGCCCAUCACCAACAUCUCCCACAUCCCCAGUAACCGCUGGGCUCUCAGCUGCUGCCUCUGCAAGGAGCGCUCGGGCGCCUGCAUACAGUGUUCUGCCAAGAGCUGCCGGACGGCAUUCCACGUGACGUGCGGUCAGCACGCCGGCCUGAAGAUGAGCACCAUCCUCACGGAGUCCGACGAGGUCAAGUUCAAGUCCUUCUGCCCGCUACACUCAGGACUCAAGACGGCGGCGGCGGAGGAGGAGGAGGGAGCGGCAGACGCGGUGACGGUGAAGGAGGAGCGGGAGGAGGACAGCGGCCGGCGGAGUGGCCGGAAGGUCAGGGAGCGUCCGGUGGCGGACGGCGUCCGCGUGAGCGAGCGCAAGCAGCGGCUGCAGCAGCUGGAGGACGACUUCUUCCGCUUCGUCUCCGUGGGCGACGUGGCCAAGCGCCUGGGGCUGCCGGCCGACACGGUGGACUUUGCGUUCCAGUACUGGAAGCUGAAGCGGCGGGUCAACUUCAACCGGCCGCUCGUCACGCCCAAGCGCGAGGAGGAGGAGAGCCUGGCGCGCCGCGAACAGGAAGUGCUUCUGCGCCGCCUCCGCCUCUUCACCCACCUGCGCCAGGACCUCGAGCGGGUGCGUAAUCUAACCUACAUGGUGACGCGAAGAGAGAAGAUUAAGCGGUCAGUAUGCCGAGUCCAGGAGCAGAUCUUCCAACAGCACAUCAAACUGCUGGAGCAGGGACGCUUCACUGGCUUGUCCACGACGAGACGUCUGUCCGAGGCUUGGUUCUACUUCCGAGAUGCCCCCAGCGUGCCUUACCCGUCUCCGCGGGCCCUGAAGGGCCACCCUGCCCUCAACACGCCCCUGGCCCCCGGCAGCUCCGCCCCGACGGGCCCCCCCAGCCCCCCCCAGCGUGGAGGGGUCCCCUCCAGAGCCCCGCAGCCCGAGAGCCCCUCCAAGCCUCCCAAGACCAACGGCUUUCUUCCAGCCAAGGCACCGCGGCCCAACGGCGUGCUUCCGUCCCAGCUGACGCGGGCCAACGGCCUCCUGCCGGGCAGGGUUGCCAAGGGGACGGGCGAAGGCUCAGACCGGGCGCCGGCGGACACUCGUCGGGUCACUCGGGGCGACGCCACCAGGGCGGCCACGGCAAAGCCUCCCACCGAGCCUCGGGAGAGGAGGGAGAACGCCACCGUGGUCUCCACGGAAACGUGCGUGCGCGUCGGGGAGCUGGGCCUCCCCCACACGCCCCCCAACCUCAACCCCACCCUCAGGCUGACCCCAGUGGCCAUCCCCCCCCACGCCCAGAUCUACAACAUGGAGGACCGCAGGAGACGACCACGGGAACCGUCGCCGCCGACCCGACCCAAACUCCGAACCGGGUCCAAGCUCUCUCAGGACACGCGACAGAGGCCGGCUGAGGCCGACGCCAUAGAGUCCGUCUCUGUGGAAACCAAGUACAACGGCAUUCUCAGGAGGUCCGCAUCUGGCCAGGACAGCUCGUCGUCAUCGUCGUCCUCGUCAUCGGGGUCGGGGGGUAAUAACCUCAGGGGCUGGGGCAGUUUCCGUAUCCCCAAAAAGAGCGAGCGGACCACACGCGGCCACCCGGCGGGGCAGGAGGGGUCAGAGAUGCCGCGCGUCUCACUUCCGGAACCCUCCUGCCCCCUCCCCUCCCGCAGGACGUCCGACAGGACCGCGAACGCCCCGACAACACCCACGCUCAGAACUCGCCUGCGGGUGGCAGCGGAGAACCACGCCAACGCCAGCGCCCAGGGGGGCGAGACUAGUGGGCAGCCGGAGCAGGACGCCCAGGGCAAGCGCUGUCAGGCCCAGCGGCUGCACAGCCACGACAUCAUGGCCCGGCGCUACGGCUCGGACAUCAUCCGGCGCGGCGUGCUGGCCUCCUGACUGGACCCCGGGCGGCAGGGCCGCGGGCUGACCACAGCGCUGACACUGCUCUUCAUCUUGGGACACGCGCUCCUUUUCUCCCUCUACUGUUGUACAUACGUUUCCUUCUCAAGUGUUUAAUACUAGAUUUUAAGUUAUGUUUUGCUCCCCCUGUUUUUGCUUUAGUUCUAGUUUGGUAAACUUUAACGUUACUUCCUGUAAUUCAUCACAUGAAGUUCGAAUCAAAACAUUUGCUUUGUUCUUUAUCAAGAGAUUAUCCAACUCAUGUAGAAUGUUUGCUACAGAUAAGAUUUCAUGUGAAUGGACAAAAGCCUCCAUAACUGUAGAGUGGCCUUCUGAAACAUGUUGGUCAUACAAGCUGAAACAAAACCACCUGAUGCCCCUACAACUCUCAAAACAAAUAUGGACUACGCGUUACACGUAUGGAAUAUGGCUACAUUAAUGUAGCAUUGUCCUGUCACAUUCUGCCUUGUGAAACACCAAUUCUGCGGCAGGUAAACGGGCACUAAAGAUUACUUUCAUCUUUUUUUUUUCUUUAUCUAUAUGUGUCCAAAUAGGCCUUGAAAGGAAAUAAGCUUAUUUUAACUCUUUAUUUAUUGUAUGUCAUGUUAUGUCACCAUAAUGUAUAUGUAUAUUGUAGCAAUAGCAAACGCAUACUUUUGAUGCUAGUAUCUGAACCAUUUUAUGGUAUAACAAUUUGUUCUGAGAAAAUGAUUUGUGGUAGACUACUGCAUUUGUUGAAGGUUAAUGCCUUAAGAUCUCAAUUCCUUGUAGCCUUUAACUCUCUCCAUGAAGUUGGCUGGCUUUCAGUGAUGUACUUAUUGCAUAGUUGUGAUCAUGAUUAGUUUUCAUUGGCCGUUAAAAUGCUUAGCCCUGGACAUAUGAUUUGAAGUAGGUCUCUCAGCAAAUCAUGAGAUCAUCAAGGUGUGUAUCAGGUUCAUCCGCACGGGAACUAUGGGGCCCAAUCAGCCUUAUUCUCUAGCGCAUCUCUUCAUUAAUGUAGUGAAUCAUAACAAAGCACUUAGAUUAGUCAAAAGGUUGUUCUGUUUUCAAAGUAUCUGUGUUGAGAUGGGCCCAGUACUUUUUUUUUUCAUUGUCUUAAUUAAAUGCAGUUUUUAUAUCUGGCCAAAGGGGGGCGCCUUGCAUUUUCUAAAAGCAGAUGUUUUCCAGCUGACGGGCCGUAAUCGGGAUCUAGAGCUCUGCUUCUUCUAUGGCCGUCAUUACGCCCCUGUCUGUUACUAAUGAUAUUAACCAACUUUGUUGUACCACCUGGCUUUAAAGUUCAGUACUGCUUGGCGCCCUCUGGUGUCGUAGAUUGGAAUUGUACGCUAUGUGACAGGAAGGAACUCCAAGAGAGAGCGCUGUUGGGCAAGGCCCUGGGUCUGAGACGGCAGGUUCAUCCCGUGCCUAUUGUUAAUUUACAUGUUGCACUAAUAGAGAGCUGAAAGGUGACAGUAUGACUGUGUUCAGGUAAUUAUUUUUUCAUACAGAAAGAUAUUUUAUAUGAAGCGCUGCUGUCGUAUUUUUUGUUAUGCAGAUCUAUUUUGUUUUGUCUCGUCAGAUUGUGAAUAAAUUUCAUUUCUUGAGAUUAA